AUGGCUGCUGGAAACGAGCGUUUCAAUUUGUUUUGCAGUGCUAUCGUUGCGAUUGUUGACUCCCACAGGCUAACUGCUCAAUUCUACAAUUAUCUACGAGAGAAGAUGGGAGAGUACUUGCAGAAAAUCGAAAGUCUGACGGACGAAAUUGCACUUCAACAAUCGGGAAGCUCGUUUGAUAAUCUCCACAUGACGAGAAUACUCAAGGCAGAAUCUGGAGAGCAGAUUUUCGUUCCAACCACCGAUUUCGACUACAACAUUAUCUUCAAAAAGUUGCUCAUCGCUUUAAAUGAGACAAAGGUCGAUGCUGGAGAUUCUGGAACAGAAAAACGUCCUGACUACUUUGGCGUGUUGCAUUUGUCGGAGAAUCCUGGCUAUGCCAGAGUUCGCAUUUCCCAGUACGGAAGACAAUAUCUUAAAGAUAGACAAUGUGAUUAUUUGUUCGAAGAUAUUGACUCCGAGGGAUUUAUCACAAAUGUCUCACUGAAAAGACGAAUUUUGGAGAGGUUGCCGGAUCUUACCUCGUCGGGCCCAGCGUUUUCAAAUUUUCUUCCAGUUAAGCAGGGCUACAGUUACGACUUUGUGUAUGCUCUGCCAGUGGAUGGAUGGCCAGCUGAAGCAGCCGAGUGGAUAACAAGAGACAGACCUGCUUACUGGCCAAGUGAAGAGUUAGUGUCGCAAAUUGUUGAAGGUAAAUUGCACAGGCUUUAGUUCUGUUUACUGACGGUGUUAUCUAAGCCCCAAACCCCCCUCCCCCACCCCAAUGCUGCUUUCGAUUAUAUUAAAUGUGCUUUACCACUAAUUCAGGUUUUUUUCCCUUACUAUUUAGAUGGGUGCAUGGUUGUUCCAGUAGGACAUUAUACGAGUGAGCAGAGUGCUUUUGAAUGGCGUAUUUCAUUCAACCACUGCGAACGCCGUCUCUCCAGCUCUCUCACGAGUGUUCAGCGCCACUGUUACUGCUUGGCAAAGUUGUUAUUGAAAACAAGUUAGAAGCUUUUUUUAUUGUUUUAAUAGUACAUUAUGUAGUUUAUCUUCAAUUGUUUUCCUUCCUUUGACAGUCAGAUUCUUGUGUUCCAGAAUGAAUCAUGUUUUCAGUGUUUAUAAGUUUUGCAAACGUUGGCAGCAUUACUUUGUAUAUUACAAACAUAUUUUAUUCAAUUUCAGAUACAGGUUUUUGUUCUUCUUUCACAUUUUUUUGCAAUCUUUCUUCUAGGGAAGCUAACCCUUGUAGUUGGAUCUUUUUGGUAACAAUAGUUAUACAAAGUGAAGGUUCAUGUUAAAAAUGCCACAGUGUGGAUCUCUAUUUUGGUUAUUCCUACUGGAAGGAACUCGAGACUGCAGUUUUGACCCUCUUCCUUCUUAGGUAGCUUAUAUUUUCACUUUACUUAGUCAUUCUAGCAACAAAGGUAAACUAGCAAUGAAAUACUUCACACAUCCUCCUAGCUGUUGGCUGUUAAGUCUACUUACCAGAAAUAUGAUUAUACUUUUCAGGUCUGCCAGAAGGCUGCAUUCUGUCAUCAUACCAUAUGAAAAAUGUAUUUUUUUAUAUAGUGGAAAGUCAAUCCCAGCUGAUCUGGGAAAGUAACAAGCUAGGGCAUCUGCUGAUGGAGCUUCUGAAAGAGAUUGUACGAGCCUUGGCAAACCAUAACAUUCCAAACUAUUUCAUCCGAAGAAAUAACAUGAUUCGCCACAGGACAAAGGAGGAAGUAUGCUUUACUCUCAAGGAGGUUUCUAAGCUUGUUGAGAAGCCAUUCAAUGCAUUGGCAGCUUUGUGCCAGAAGCUUCAGCUCUACGAGAAACGAAAAAACCCUGCUGGUUUAUACGUACCAUCUCAGGAAUCGGUUGAGCUUGUGUCAUGCCUUGAAUUGUAUACUGUUCUCAAUCAAAGCCUGUACCUGCUUGGAGUAGACCGACUGAUCGAUAAACCGUUGCUUUCUUCAUCUUGUUUCUCACUGAUUUGUGACAUGAAUGCAUUGAUGGAAGAGUUUCCAAAGUAUGGGAAACUCUUCACAUCAAAGUCCAUCCCAGAUUUACUUAUCACUUCAGCUUUGCAGAAUGUCCAGGCUGGCAAAGUGAAUGAAGCCCUGUCAAUGCACAAGAUUAUGUAUGAUCAUUCCAGCCAGGAAGAUCUUGAGAAAUUUCCUCAGAUUCUAACAAAUCUAGGAUGUCUGCACAAUUGCAUUGCCGCUGAAAUGCCACAGGACUCUCCAGAAAGGACAAACACAUUAAAGCAAGCACAAACAUAUUUUGAGAAAUCUUUGAAGAUUAAUGGUCCAUCGCAUUCCUUGCAUUUUGUGUAUGGAAACUUUCUGUAUUCCAACAAAGUGUCGCAUUCCACGGCAGUGUCGAAUUUUCAAGCGGCUUCUAAAGGAAGAAGUGACGAGACCGAGAUUUUCAUCAGUGUUGAAAUCCCAAGCCUGGAAGGUCCCAGAAACGUAUCUAUUGACUCAGUUACUGGGAGUUGUUAUUUUCUUGCUCUUUGCUAUCAUGACAUGCAAGACAUUUACAGUCAAAGAAAAACUUUGCAGAGAUUUGCUGAAAAUGCGCACAAGCUGCCAAUUAACAAGAGAUCAGCUGCGCUGGAAUUGUGUGCAUAUGCUCAUGGUAUUGGUGGCCUCACUGUCAAAGCAGAUUUGCUGAUGGAAGACGCCAAGAAGGCAGAGAAAGCUGCAGAGUUAUUACAGCAGAAAGACCAGUCUCUUGUAAACAUGUUCAAGAUUAAGCUGUAG